CUCUUCUCAAAGCAUAGAACUGGGACAGAUCAAAUGGUCUUUGUUGAGGGCUUUUUUAACCAUAUUUCUUUAUACAAGCCGUAAAAUAGAUGAACGGAAACUGAAAUGGAGCAUCAGCGUAAAUCUAUGGCUUUACAGCAACCUACACGAAGCCGGCAACCAAAAAUCGUGGGAGCUCGAUCAGAAAGCGUAGGCGUUGAAAAAGACAUCAAUAAAGUAAAGAUUGUUCCUGCAAACGCUUCGUUUGGAAGGCGUGGACAUGGUGCUGGUUGGUAUUGUGAAGCAUGCAAUGAGACAUAUAAGGAUUCGCUUAGCUGGAUCGAGCAUUUAAAUAGUACACAACAUUUGCGAAAAACUCGUACUGUUGUGACUGAUAAACGUGCAACUUUAGAAGAAGUUAAAGAAAGAAUGGAAUAUUGGCGCGAACAAUUGCUACAGCCACAGGUUGGAUCUAGAGAAUACAAUCUGCGAGAGCGUACAGAUGCCUAUAAACAAGAACUGCGGAAACAAAAACUGGAGAAGCAAGCCAAAAAAGAACAGCAGGCAAAACAAAAAAUGAAGGAACCAUCAGAAUCAGAUAACUCUGAAUUGGCUAACAUAAUGGGAAUCCGUGGCUUUGGAUCUACUAGCAUUUAAUCAAACAUCUUAAAAUACAAGAUAAAUGUAAUCAUCAAUUCAAUAGUAUCUACAUGUGUUUUCCUAUAUUAUAUAUUUUUAUUUUUUGAUUUGCUCUCGCUAAUAUUAUACUUCAGGGAUGUGGGG